CAGCGCGCGGGGCGGCCCCGGCCCUCACUGCCCGCCCGCCCCGCUGAGGCCAGAAGCGCUGCGGCGAGGAGGGCUGCGGCCGCGCCUUCCCGGACGAAAUGUUUGUUCCUUGCGACCGUGGCGGGGGCUCCGCCAGCUCCGACUUUAAAGGCUUCACUCUCCUUAUGCCUGCAGUGUCUGUGGGAAAUGUUGGUCAGCUGGCAAUAGAUCUAGUGAUUUCCACGCUUGACAUGACUAAAGUUGGUUACUUCUACACUGAUUGCCUGGUGCCAAUGGUUGGAAAUAAUCCCUAUGCAACAGCAGAAGAAAACUCGGUGGAGCUGAGUAUAAAUGCUGAAGUGUAUUCGUUACCUUCAAAGAAACUUGUAGUUCUGCAGAUCAGAUCACCUUUUAUAAAGAACAAGUACAGGCCAUUCUGUCAAACACUGCUUUCUUGGGUGAAAAGCAGCAAAUGUGCCAGAGUUGUUGUUCUGUCCAGCAGCCAUGCAUACCAGCGCAACGACGAGCAACUCCUUGGGACACCACUGCGCUACCUACUUACACCUGAUCUCGAGAAAGCAGUUGGAGGUGUUAUGCAGGAGCUAAACUGGAAAGAAAUGGAAAAAGUAGCAGCUUACCCUGGAAUAAAUGAUAGAGAAGUCCUGCAUAUCCCUGGAGGUGGCAUCACAAAACUGUUGUUUACUGAGAGCUGUUCAAAUGGAAUCCAAAUGGCAGUUCUUCUGAAAUUCUGUUCAGAAGGGGACAACAUCCCUGAUGCAUUUGCUCUUGUUGACUAUCUUAAUGAAUGGCUCCAGCUAAUUAAAAGCAAAAGCAAUAAUUUAACAGACAUGUGUUCUCAAUGGAAAAUACCAAGUUCCUGGCGUUUACUUUUUGGCAACGGCCUUCCACCUGCGCUCUUCUGAUCCAUCUGAACUCUUCUGUAAGUCCCGGGGCAGCCUCAAACGUCGCUUGAGCAGGUGAUUGCAUAGUAAUGGCUGAGCAACAGCUGUUUACUUCGUUGUCUGCAUAAAUUCUUUAACAAAAAUGCUUCUCACAUCUGUGGGGAGCUAAAGAAGAUAACUUUCACAAAUUGACCAAAGAAAUGUUUUGUACAGCUGUUCAUGGAAUAACUUUGGUUGAUUUUUUUUUUCUAAUAAAAAUAUUUUUUUAAACCUUU